CCCCCUUUUUUUUAUGUGCCCCAUCUUCUGGUCUCUCAGCCUUCUUGCCAUUGUGUGGCACCUCAACUGCAAAUACAAUGUGGAGGAAAGUGAAAUGAAUCUUUCUCCUAGGACCGGUAUCAUUCAGGCUCGUCAUCAGUACUCAUGACCAAUAUCAUUGGUAUUUUCCUGGUAGUUCUUCAUUUUCACCUUCUUGCACCCCUUUCUGUUCUUAUUGCUGAAUAACAUAGCUGAGCUUUCACUUUUUCUUGUCUGGACUACAGCAACCACUUCCUUGCUUCUGAACUUGCUCUGCUUUAAAUGCUUCGGCAAAAGAUGCUCUCUUCCUCUGCAGCUCUGAUCAUAUCUUGUCCCUUCUUACUCUGUCCCAAAUUCAGUACAAGCUUCUGGUCCUUUCCUUUAACCUCCUUCUGCCUUCCACUAUGCUUCUUGUAUUCUCAAUUUGCCCCCAGUUUCACAGCUUCAGCUGUGAGUUGUCCUCUGUCCCUGUCGUCUUGAUUUCUUCCGUGGAGUGCCCCAUGCUUGUAAUAUUCUCUUGCCAUGUCUCACUUAGUUUUUCUUUCUUUCUUUGGGACUAUAGGUUAGUUUUCCUCAAAAUUUCCACUCUUGACAAAGCGCUCUUCCUCUUGGUCUGGGUCUCACUGUCUCACCGGUCCUGUCAUUGUGUGAUUUGGUGAUGGGUUUUAUGGUUGGUAUAAGCCUGAUGAUUAUUUUUUCAGGUCAGAGUUGCUGUCAUUUUAAUUGUUUGCAGUGUCAUGUAUUUAUGGCAACAUAGAGGUAAGAAUAGGAGUUACACUUUUGAAACGCAAACCUGUAUGUGUUGACGCGUCUUGUUCGAGUUCACAGUGCCCAGCCACCCAUGUAUUUGGGACCAUCCUGUCCCUCUGCGUGUGCUUCUAGCUCUCUCCCCUUAGAGGCACGAGUAGCUUUUCAGUAAAAGCCUGUCAGUCAACAGUUUUGAACUUGGUAGCUCUACUUAUGGGAUCCGAAGUCCAAAAAGUCCUGCAGGUGUGAUGUAAUAGGGCUGACUUGUACUGCGAAUGCUUGCAGCUGAGAAUGAGAGCGUUGCUGAACAUACUCCAGUUUCUCUGGCAAGGGGCUCAAGGCCUGUGAGAACAUCAGUCCGCUUACGUCCCUGCUAUGGCCAUCUGUGCUUGCCUGAUAUAAAUGCAAGCCGCAUGCUAUGAUGUUGGCUUAUAAGAACAAUGGCUAAGCUACAACAUGUUCCGCAACUAUAAUUCAAGUACAGGAAAGCUUACAUUAAGCUGGGAGUUGUGUAUGCAGCACCCAGUUGUCUCCACAAGCUGUGUCCCCAGGCUGUGCCGGUAUGUCUUCUUGUUUUAGAAUUGCUGGCUGCACUUCAUUGUUCCCUACAACCAGCCGUUUCUGUUCUUCUGCUGUUCACCCUGAGGUGUUGGGGGACUCUUUUUUGAGGGUUGAUGUGCUGAUUCUGCUAAUGUGAUUGGAGAAUAUAUAAGGGCGUGCUGUUCCUCUUCCACAAGUGUAUGGAAUAUGCGCAAUGAAAAUCCCUGUGCCUCUCCUGUCUUGUUCCCUCUGGGUAGAUUUAUGUUCAUGGAGCGUCAUCAAGUGCUCUGCUGACUAUGUAAGCUGCUACUUUGCUCAGCGGUUUACCACCAGAUACAUCUGAUAAAUGUGCUUUCUGUAAUGUUUAUGCUUAGGUUAUAGUGAUUUUGCCUGCUUCCGGAGUCUAAACAAGAAAUGCAAUGAAAGUAGUCUCUAGAACACAACUUGCUGCCAGUGAGCUUCCGUAUUCUGAUCCUAAUUUGCGUCCUGAGCUAUUGAGGUUGGAGGAGAGAGAUUUCAUAUUGCCCUUAACCAUCUUAAAGCCAGAUCUUGGAGGGGCAAAAAGUGAGUCCCAGCUUUGAUCAGAUCUUUUGGUGUGUGGUGGGGAGGGGCUCAUAGUCUCAGGGUUACUGAAUCCUUAAAGACCUUUCCUCAAGCACGGAUGACUGCCUCUGGGUGCUGCGUCUUAAACUUCAAGUUUCUUAUCUGCCUCUUGGUGCGGUCAUGGUUUCCCUCUCCUGGAAGUGCACUGCUGAUGGAUGGGGAAGCUAUUAAUGGAAGAACACGGGGUGACCCAAACAGAGCACAUGGCCACCAUCGAGGCCCACGCAGUGGCCCAGCAGGUGCAGCAGGUCCAUGUGGCCACCUACACAGAGCACAGCAUGCUGAGCGCAGAUGAAGACUCACCAUCUUCGCCGGAGGAUACGUCCUACGAUGACUCGGACAUCCUCAACUCCACAGCUGCCGAUGAGGUCACUGCCCACCUGGCUGCAGCAGGCCCUGUGGGAAUGGCAGCAGCUGCUGCCGUGGCAACGGGUAAAAAACGAAAGCGACCGCACGUUUUUGAAUCCAACCCGUCGAUCCGCAAGAGGCAGCAGACACGUUUGUUACGGAAGCUCCGAGCCACGCUGGAUGAGUACACCACCAGAGUGGGGCAGCAGGCCAUCGUUCUGUGCAUCUCUCCCUCCAAGCCCAAUCCUGUCUUUAAAGUAUUUGGUGCUGCACCCCUGGAGAAUGUGGUACGCAAGUACAAGAGCAUGAUUCUGGAAGACCUGGAGUCCGCACUAGCGGAGCACGCCCCUGCGCCUCAGGAGGUUAACUCAGAGCUGCCGCCCCUCACCAUCGAUGGCAUUCCCGUCUCGGUGGACAAGAUGACCCAGGCACAGCUGCGAGCGUUCAUCCCGGAGAUGCUGAAGUACUCCACGGGUCGCGGGAAACCAGGCUGGGGCAAGGAGAGCUGCAAGCCCAUCUGGUGGCCCGAGGAUAUUCCAUGGGCCAACGUUCGCAGUGAUGUCCGCACGGAGGAACAGAAGCAGCGGGUGUCAUGGACUCAAGCAUUGCGGACUAUUGUGAAGAACUGCUACAAGCAGCAUGGGCGUGAGGACCUGCUCUAUGCGUUUGAGGAUCAGCAGACACAACAGCAGACAACCGCCACACAUAGUAUAGCGCACCUGGUGCCGUCACAGACAGUGGUACAAACCUUCAGUAACCCUGAUGGCACCGUGUCCCUCAUCCAGGUUGGCACUGGUGCUACAGUUGCCACGCUGGCUGAUGCCUCAGAGUUGCCUACCACAGUUACCGUUGCACAAGUCAAUUAUUCUGCAGUGACUGAUGGAGAGGUGGAGCAGAACUGGGCAACGCUACAGGGGGGCGAGAUGACUAUCCAGACGACGCAGGCAUCGGAGGCCACGCAGGCGGUGGCAUCGUUGGCAGAAGCAGCAGUGGCAGCAUCUCAGGAGAUGCAGCAAGGAGCAACUGUUACCAUGGCACUCAACAGCGAAGCAGCCGCCCAUGCAGUAGCCACGCUUGCUGAAGCCACCCUUCAAGGUGGAGGGCAAAUUGUCCUAUCUGGUGAAACCGCAGCAGCAGUGGGAGCGCUUACUGGAGUCCAAGAUGCCAAUGGCAGUGGAGACUUACAGGCCCUCCAGCUGUCGCAGCUGAUGCUGUCCCGGUUUAAGCAUAGGCCAUUUACCUUCCACGUGUCCUGA